UUAACAAACCCAACCCAUUUCGACCGAACUUCUCUAACACUCUCAUCUUCUGUUCUUCCGUCUAAAUUCACUUUUUUGUUUUUCUCUUCCAUCUCUCUCACCAAUACAACUUCGAUUCAUCUCCAUCUACUCUCUCUCAUCUUCACGCUUCAACAAGUAUCAUCUCAAAAAGUUUUCUCCAACGUAGGUUUGGAUCAGGAACAAUGGCUGGGAAGGUAGCGAAGGCAGCUUACGAUGCGAAGAUGGGAAAACUUCUUCGAGAGUACACUCAAGUUUUGGUGGUUUCAGCUGACAAUGUUGGAUCAAACCAGCUUCAGGGUAUAAGAAGGACACUGCACGAAGAUUCAGUGGUAGUGAUGGGGAAGAACUCAUUGAUGAAACGCUCUAUUAUCCAAGAAGCGGAGAAAACUGGGAACAACAACGCUUUCCUUAAUCUUGUUCCACUCCUUGUGGGGAAUGUUGCCUUGAUCUUUACCAAAGGUGACUUGAGGGAUGUUAGUGAACGGAUUGCCAAGCUCAAGGUUGUUAAUCCUAUUCUCAUGUGCCCUAAGUAUAGGUCAUAUGACUCGUACAAAACUUGUUCCUAUAUGCAAACCGGACAAUUGCCAUUGGGCCUCACGUGUUGUAACCAACAAUCAUCUCAAGCUUCCGAGCCUUUUCUUGUAAGCUCAAAAUUCUCGCCACCUCAACACUGUUACUUGUCGAGAUCGAGACAGCUCUUGGCGACAAGUAUAUGGUCUCCAUUUCUUCUUUUGGCUGGUAAUUUGUGAUGCAGAUGGAAGAUUUUGAUUUUGAUCCCAUAUGAUUUCUAAUUCCAUUAAGGGAUUCCUAUCACGAGAUUGAUCUUCCUCCCUGGUUCUCUUUCCUUUCAAACUUUUUAUUGUUAAAUUCUUCUUUUUUAGGAAAUGAUGGAGCAUGGAAAUGACAUUGUUUAGGAAUUCUAUUAUAAGGAGUUCUAGUUUACUAAUAAAUUUUAUCCUAUGUUUAGACAAUGAUAGGGAUAUGUAUGUCAGUGGGAAUAGAUCCCCUCAUGUUUAUUGUUUCUCAAAAAUAUAUUGUUUUAAUCUA